AUGGGCGAUGUGAUAGAAGCGUGCGCGGAUGGAGGAUUCGACAUUCCGGCCACAACAGACACAAGAGACACCGCUGGCCCGUUACCUCGAGUCAAGACCCAAUCGUCGGCCGCCAUGGACGACCGCGUUGAACCGAAACCCAGAAGGGUAAAGAUUCAGCUCGAUGAUGACGAGGACGACGACGGCGACGGCGAUGGCGACGAGAAUGGCCCCGGCCGAAAUAUUCUUGGGAGGACACCACCCACAGCCUCGGUAGAAGAAGGGCUCACAGACGAAAAAGCGCCAUUGCACAACGUUUCGAAUGCAGCAGCAAACGCAUCAAGAAACCAUGAGCAGGAUGAUGAGAAGGCGACGGAUGCACCUGCGACGAGCCGACCUGAGUACCGGAUCUACAAGAUCGAGAUGCCCGGCGAAGACCCGACGGUCGAAAUUGUCUGCUCUUUCUCGGACGGCAAUCUAGCCGCCCCCAUCAGCACCGCCCGAAAAAAACGUCUCUCCGGAUGUCCUUCGGUGAAAAUUUCGUCUGACGGGCGCAAGUUUGUUGUCGAACGGAAUCCAGCUGCAGACGCCGGUGAUGGCGGCGGCGACGGUGUUGCAGAGAAGGGAAGGUUUCGCCUACAACUUCCACAGAGAGUCGUCCCCACGACGGCGAUGAGCUUCUUUCGGAAAGGACAACUCACAGUCAGAGCUACGCUGGCAACUUCGGAGUAG